UGAAAAGUGAGCCUCUUCGCGCUGCACAGCAGCACAACCAGACCCAAUGCUGCUCCCAGGACUGCCACAGCCCCCCGGGGUGGUGCAGCUCCUCUGCCACCUCCCCUGAAGACCUGGGGAGGAGAGCACGCAGCAUGUCCCAGGCCAGUGGUAGCCCCCAUGCAGAGGAUGGGGGGCCAUGCACCGAGGCGCACGCACGCACCCUGAGCCGAGGCAGCCAGAAGCUUGAGUGCAUCAUCUGCUACUCCUCAUAUGACCUGUGUGGCCGGCUGCCACGCCGACUCUACUGCGGCCAUACCUUCUGCCAGGCCUGCCUUAAGCGUCUGGAUGCUGUCGCCAAUGAGCAGCGCUGGAUCCCCUGCCCACAGUGCCGCCAAAAUACUCCCACACCGCGCGGCGGUGUCACCAUGCUCGACCUCGACCUGGCCACUUUCCUCCUCGUCAAGGCUGACAAGGAGCAUCCUCGGGCAGCUGCACGCUCCCUGCCAGACGUGGCCACCAAGGGCUCAUGCAAGGAGCUGCCGGUCACACAGCAGCCACUGGGGCUGUGCCAAGACGCAGCGCCCCGGGCGCCGUUCCCACACCGUGGCUGCUGCCGGCCAUGCAUCUGCUGUGGGGUGACAGCAGCUUUCGAGAGCUGAAUGUGGAGACCUGCGGACAGCAGUGUUUGGUGGAGCGAAGCACAUCAUCCUGUGCCCCCAUGCUGAGCUCCUGGGGUGCUGUCUGGGUCACAUUUUGGGGAUCCCCAUACCACACCCCAGACUCAUUGUAUAUGGCAGUGGUGGGGUUGUCCUAGUAGCCUAGGAAGGGCUCCAGCUUGCUCGGGGCCUGUUUCCUAUCCUGAUGGGAUUUGGGCAGCAAUAGGGGAGGAUGAGGAUGCUCCCAUCCUUCAUCCUGCUGACUGACCCCUCUGACAACUCCAAACCUGCUCCAGCCAUCGCAGAUGCCCCAGAGCCUGGCAGUGCAACUUCUCCGUGCAUGGAGCUCUGCAGUGGGGACACCUUCACCAAGGCAGGGGGCACGGGAGCCUGGCACAAUGCAGUGACUCAGGGAUGCUCCAGGGAGUGUCCCUGACCCCGAAGAUCCCAAGUCCAUUAAACACAU